UUCCCGUUUCAUAGUUGUCUUCCCCGGCAAGCGAGCGGAUCGGGCUUCGCAAUCGUACAAGGAGGGACUCGAGUCCUCUCAGCCGCAACGAUCCCAGUGUUGUUGGAUUGUACCAGCCUUCUCCCUGCCUGCUUCCCAUUAUUUGCAGCGUGUAUAUGGAGUGACAGCUCACACCAGACUCUGCUGAUCAGACCCUCUGAUUGCUGUACAGAAGGUGCAAGAAGAACCCCUUUCAAAUUCUUCCCGCAAGACUUUUCCUCCGGUUGGAAUGGGUUGCUGCACAGGUCGCUGUACUUUAAUUUUCCUCUGCACUUUGCAGCUGCUGGCAGCAUUGGAGAGACAGAUCUUUGAUUUUUUGGGUUACCAGUGGGCACCAAUACUGGCCAACUUCCUUCAUAUAAUUAUUAUCAUUCUGGGACUGUUUGGAACAAUUCAAUACAGACCUCGCUAUAUUGUGGUGUACUCUAUUUGGACAGCCCUGUGGGUCGCCUGGAAUGUAUUCAUUUUCUGCUUCUAUUUGGAGGUUGGAGGACUCUCAAAGGACAGUGAUCUGAUGACCUUCAAUAUCUCGAUGCACCGCUCAUGGUGGAGGGAGCAUGGACCUGGGUGUGUGAGGAAGGAGCUGACUGCUUCAGCCAGCAAAAGCUUGGAUGACCGCACCUAUAUCUCAGUGACUGGCUGCAUCGUCGACUUUCAAUACCUGGAGGUUAUUCACAGCUCCUUCCAAAUACUACUGUCACUCGUUGGUUUUGUCUACGCCUGCUAUGUGGUCAGCGUUUUCACUGAAGAAGAGGACAGCUGUAAGUACUGAAAACACCCCGUCUCUGGAUUACUCCAGGGUCGAAGUAAAUGACAGAUAUCAGAUGACCAUCGACUGGGAGACCUCUGGCAGUGAUACAUUUCAAACUACGGUUCAGAGGGAAAGAAGGUUAAAUGUUAUAUCAGGUGUGGGCAGGUACUCCCACAUAAUUCAUUUCUGACCAAAACUCAAGUCAAGGACUAAUUUUAGGCAAAUCCAAGUUGAUUAUGAAAUACUUGGUUCUGGUUACUGACUGUUUCUUGUCCUUUGCUGUACAAUAAUGGUACCUUGUAUGGAGCGUCUAGUUGAAAUAUGUACACUGUAGCAAACAGUGAAUUUGGUAAAGUUAAGUGAUUUGUUUCAGGUAAAACCCACUGUGCAAAAGGAAAACAUUACUGGAUUUUAUGCUGACAGCGAAUCGGUCCUUUGACAGUAGCAACUGUUUCUCUGUAGAAUAUUUAAACAAUUCUGUUUUCAACUUGUACAAAAAUACUUUUUUAUGAAUUUAUGAACUAUUAAUUCUUAACACAUUUGUAAGAUAAUGUUAGCACCCCAGUAUUUUGUAGUCUUGUGAAUGUUACAUUUUAUGUGAAAUAUAUCUGUUAGGGUAUUUAUGGAUUAUAGAGUAGGUGAUUAAAGCAAUCCUUUCAUUCUCAGUA